AAUACAUAUGCUGUGAGUUGGUUUAAAGGCAAAGAAUUAAAUUUGGUGUUUGGACUCCAGCUUAGCAUGGCUAGAAUUGGCAGUACCGUGAACAUGAACCUUAUGGGAUGGCUGUACUCUCAAGUUGAAGCUUUGCUGGGUUCUGCUGGUCCCACAACCCUUGGGGUCACACUUAUAAUCGGGGGUAUAACGUGUAUUCUUUCCCUAAUCUGUGCCUUGGCCCUUGCUUACUUGGAUCAGAGAGCAGAAAGAAUCCUUCAUAAAGAACAAGGAAAAACAGGUGAAGUUAUUAAGUUAACUGAUGUGAAGGACUUCUCCUUACCCCUGUGGCUCAUAUUUAUCAUCUGCGUCUCCUAUUACGUUGCCGUGUUCCCUUUCAUUGGGCUUGGGAAAGUUUUCUUUAUAGAGAAGUUUGGAUUUUCAUCUGAGGCAGCAAGUGCAAUUAACAGUGUUGUCUAUGUCAUAUCAGCUCCCAUGUCCCCAGUAUUUGGGCUCCUGGUGGAUAAAACAGGAAGGAACAUUGUUUGGGUCCUGUGUGCAGUGGCAGCCACUCUUGCUUCCCACAUGAUGCUGGCCUUGACGCUGUGGAACCCUUGGAUUGCUAUGUGUCUGCUGGGAAUCUCUUAUUCAUUACUUGCCUGUACGUUGUGGCCAAUGGUGGCAUUUGUAGUUCCUGAACAUCAGCUGGGAACUGCAUAUGGCUUGUAAGUAUUUGCACCGUGGGUCAUGUGAUGUCUUUCUGCUGUAUCGAUUUAACUAUCAUAUGGAACUCCAGGUCUCCUGAAUCUGCUCAUCUUGAGGCUUCUGGGAUAGCUCUGACCCUGAAAAUACAGUAGUCUCCCCUUAUCUCUGGUUUUGCUUGCCGCAGUUUUGGUUACUCACGGUCAGCUGCGAUCUGAAAAUAUUAAAUGGAAAAUUGCAGAAAUAAACA